ACGUCUGCACCAGUCUCGGCGGAAGUGACGUUUGUUCCUCCAAUCAGAGCGCGCAGCGCAUGAUUUCGAACAUCAACGUCUACAGGACGGGGAAAUACGCCAGAGAAGCUUCUCACAUAAAACACUGAAUUUACGCUCUAUUAAAGUCCUAAAGUACCCGUUUAUUCAUCUUUAAUGAUCGCGGCGAACAACUGGAUCAGACGCGCCGUGUUUAGUUCAGGAUCAGAGUAAAAUGGAGGUAAAGUUGAACCCUUAAUCGCCUGAGAGACUCUAACAUUAGCCAUGGCUCGCGAGCGGGUGGUGCAGAAGAAGUCUUUCCAGCAGAGUCUGGACGACAUCAAGGAGAAAAUGAAGGAAAAGAGGAACAAACGCCUCGCCAGCGCUUCAGCUGCCAGCCGCGGCCUGAAGAACAGAAACACAGCGACGGUGAAGCCGUUUGUGCUGAAGAGCGUCCAGGUGAAUAACAAAGCUCUGGCCGUGGCCCUGCAGAUGGAGCGGGAGAAGGUACGGCAAGCGCAGGGAGUCAUCCUGCAGCUGAAGAAGGAAAGGCAAGCGCUCGUCUUCCACCUGCUGAUGCUGAAGCGGACGCUUCGAGAUCGAGGGCCUGUUGAAAGCGCUCAGGUUUCUCCUCCUGUUGAGACGAGUCCAGCUCGGCCCAUCAGUCCUCGGCCAGUUUGUGUGGUUGAGACGGACGUGCCGGAGCCGACUGCAGAAGCUGUUUCGGGUUGCCGUGUUGACAGACAGGUUUCGUUGCCGCCCACAGUAGGAACGAGGCGAAAGAGACGCUCUGAGACCGUGAGGAGGCGGAGCUCACGUUUCGACUCCGCCUCUUUUGGAAAAAACGAAGUAUUGGAUGGGAAAAGAGAAGAGACUAUUGAUGCCACACAGGAGGUGGCGCUAAACACUCCACUGGAGGAGGUGCGGAAUGAGGAGGAGGAGGAGCAAAAGGAAAGGCCGAACUGUGAGUUUGAGCUGGAGAUUUCGGAGCUCCCGGCCGUUCGCCACUCGACGCCUGAGCCUCCUCAGCGGCCCGCCCGACAGAACAAGAAGAAACCGACCCAAGCCGCGGCCCGAGGCCGCAGACCAGACCGAGCCCCGCUGAAGAAGCCGUGGGAGAACCCCAAACCCCGAGCGCGCUCCAAGAGUCGGGACCGCUCUCAGAGUCGCGCACGAGCGCCGCUCCCGCCUGCCGACCGCCUGAACUCCUCGCUGGGAGGCAACGACACCUUCGACUUCGACUGUGAAGAGGCCGUCCAUCUGACGCCGUUCAGAGCAGGAAACAAAGCUGCGGAGAAACCGUCACCAGAUGCUGCGGCGGAUAAAGAGGACGAGGCCAUGGAGACCGACCGCAGCGUCUCCGAAGACGGUCAGGAUGAAGAUGACUCUCCUUACGUACCGAAGAGGAAGUCCAGAAAAGCUUGUAGUCCGCCGGCCAGACGCGCUCGCUCCAAAAGACGGUCCGUUCAAGAGGCCAGAGGAAACGCUUCCCAAGGGCAGCGCACGGAGAGAAACAGGACUGAAGUGGAAGAAACUGACCUGCACCUCGACCCGCAGUCGCCCGUUUGUGUUCCUCCUGAGAAUCCCAGCCAAUCAGAGCCAAGCCAAGCGCCUCCUGCUGUUUCUCUGGAGUCUCCCAUCCCGGUUAUUCCUGAUGGAGAGGCGGAGCUUAUGAUGAUUGACUGCCCAAUAUUUGAAUUCCCAAAGUGCCCCAGCAACUCAUCCGAUCAGGAAAAUCAAAAGCCUUUGGUGAUGGACAGAGGCAGAAGAAAAGACGGAAGACUGAUGCGUGGCACACGUGUUUCUGCAGGCGGGCUGGUUGUUCGCUCGUUUCUGGGGGUGGCUUUGAGUGACGUGAGCAAUCUCUCCCCCGCAGCCUAUCAGAAGCCGGCGUCUGCUCCGAACACGCCCCCGAGCUCCAGCCGCAGGCGCCGCUGCACCAGCUCCGUCAACUACAAGGAGCCGUCCAUCAGCUCGAAGCUGCGGCGUGGGGAUAAAUUCACAGACACGCGGUUCCUGCGUUCGCCCAUCUUCAAGCAGAAGCCCACGUCCCGCAGGAGCUCGCUCAAGAAGAUGGAGAUCUACAACGAGUCUUUCGUGGGCUGUCGUUGAAGAACUGAUUGGACUUUGUGAAAUGAUUUCUGCAUUAAUUUUUAAUGAAGACUUUUAACUGUCUGUUACAUGAUUGAAUACAUAAAGCUUUUAAUUCUCAUGAUUUUAAUUGUGAAUAUUAAUAAAGUUUGUCCCUUUUAAUUGUC